CGGACGUGCCGCGGACCCAACAUGCUAAACUCACCCCCAAAUCAACCGCUAUAUAACUAAUUACCCAUUUCAACCCGCAACUUCAGUCCGUUGCAAGUUCGACAAAAACGAUGAAGUACCUUGCGCCGCUCUUACUAUUUUUUGUUGCCACUGGCAGCGGAUACACCCAAGACGUGACCCCAACACACCACAGUGCCACGCAAAAAAUGCCAUCCACCCUGUGGUACGAAUGCGUCAACUACCUCAACCAAACGGACACCGAGCCCGGCAAUUGCAUCUACCGGUGCAUAGCGCUGUUGGCCCGUUUCUGGGACGAUCGACGAGCUCGGGUCACCCGGACCAUCGACCGGUUCUACCUGACGGAUGCGAACGACACGGACUACCGGAACCGAACGGAGCAGUGUCUGGAGGAAACGCGCGACACCUUUCCGAUGUGGGAGACUUGCCAGCGGGCGACUUGCGGUAUGACGUGCUAUAACGAUCAGUUUGGGGAGGUGAUCACGGAGCGGCCUAGUUUCAUUCCGUUUACCGAGUUGGGACAUCGGCGUGUGGUUCGGGAGUGCGUGGAUAUCCUGCAGAUUGGGGCGGUCGCGAGGCAGGCUAUUUUGAACGAGGGUUUGGUGGCUGUGCCGGAAGGUCGGUGUCUAUUGCGGUGCGUAUUGCUGAGAGAGGGGUUAUACAACGACUGGAGGGGGCCUCGGGUCGGGGCGCUCUGGGUGCAGACCGAAGGCUACGAGGAUCGGUUCUUCGAUACGGCGCAGAAGUGCUUCCCGUUGCUGAAGAUGGAGACGUUGGAACCUUGUGAGCUGGCCGCACGGUUCGCUGCGGAGUGCUUGCCGGCGAGGAUUUCCUUUGUGGACGCGGUAUAUAAAGCAUUGUGUAGUAUUAGUUAAUAAAUUAUCCAGUGAAGCGAAGAUUUUAGUUGAAAUGUUCUUGAAUCCAUAACAUACCUCUAAGUUUGUACCGGAAUGCACUAUGACAAUCGACGUAGGGUAUUGGUUCCCUUAUUAAGCACGUGGCUCCCAUUUUAAUCCUACGAAAAACAAAGGAUUGAAGCGCUGUUUGUUUUGUUUCUUAUUUUUGUAUUUUUUGUUAGAAAUGAGCACCCAUGAAAACAAAAAGAACGGAAUCAAUCGAUGCCGUAAUCGCUUGUUCUCGAAUAGGAUGAAUAAGAGAGCGUGAGAUUACUGAUGGCACACAUACCCUAUGAUGGGUGAAAUUCAUUAUCACAAUUGCAUUUGUCAUCUACCGUCAUCACCUGUCCAAGCAGUUCACUGCCCUCUCUAAUUAAUACAGUCAUCAUUGUUUACCCAGUCCACCCAAUCACUGCAUCAACCAUUGGUUGCUGGUUUCUGGUUGACUGUGCACCUGUUGUUUGGGUGUUUGAUUUAUUGCAAACCAAACUUCGCGCUGCUUCAAUACAUCUAAUUCGUUACACAGCCCAGUUUCAGUUUUCAAUUUUCGCUCCCCUAGAGGCGUGCAGAGCUCGCUCUCGUUCAUCAUCGCAUGAAUGAUUUUUCUUGUAACUGUAUUGAAAAAAGUGAAAUCUUUCCCCCUUUCCUGUCCGUACCUUUUGGGCGUUGCGGCGUUGGUUGGAACUCUAUUUUUGAAACUCUUUUCUUUUACCUGCCUCCUGUGGACACACCUUUACCGAGCGAGAGGUAUAGCAAUAAUUAAGCGAUAUUUUUCCCGAAAUGAAUCACCGAACAAAUCCAAUAACGAGCACCUUGAACAAUAAUGCACCGCGAAUUGAAUUACAUACGAUGAUGUUGGAGUGGAUCGAUUUCGCAGGUGGAUCGCUGCUUGGGGAUGUAGGGUUUCUCGUCGGGAAACAGUACCCUGCUACUCAUCCCGAACCAUUUGUUAAUUAUCGCAUGAUACGCUUAUUCGAUUUCUCAUUUUGUAUGAAUGGUACCGUUUGAUAUUAGAUUUUGGGUUUUGGAACUCAACAACACGUUACAAGGGCUAAAGUUGGAUAUGACUCAUAGCGGUUAAGAUUACCAGGCAAUCCGUAAAGUAGCAGCUACUUGCUUAAGAUUUCAAAAUUUUAGCGCCCCUACACUGGUACGCCCUUAUGGAAAUGACUUCAGUAAUGCGCAUUAAGAAAAUUAUUCGGACGACUUUUCCUAACCUGGAAGACAUUCUUGUGGGAACCUUAUAGGAAUCCUUGUAUGAAGUUCAGGAAAUUUUCAUGGAAGAAUUUCUCAAUAAAUCCCUGCUGAAAUUCACAAAAAAAAAAAAUUGUUGCAUUAGUAG